AUGGCCCUGGGGCUCUUCCGGGUAUGCCUGGUGGUGGUGACAGCCAUCAUCAACCACCCGCUGCUGUUCCCGCGAGAGAAUACCACUGUCCCCGAGAACGAGGAGGAGAUCAUCCGUAAGAUGCAGGAACACCAGGAAAAGCUGCAGCUGGAGCAGCUGCGCCUGGAGGAGGAGGUGGCGCGGCUGGCAGCCGAGAAGGAAGCUCUUGUGCAGGCAGCCGCAGAGGGCCAGCAGCAGAACGAGACCCGCACGGCCUGGGACCUCUGGAGCACCCUGUGUAUGAUCCUCUUCCUGAUGAUUGAGGUGUGGCGGCAGGACCACCAGGAUGGGCCCUCGCCCGAGUGCCCUGCUGGUGAUGAGGAUGAGCUGCCUGGCCUCGGGGGGCCCCCACUCCGUGGCCUCAUCCUGCCCAACAAGGCUACACUCAGCCACUUCUAUGAGCACUGCAUCCGGGGGGCCACCGCUGAUGCCGCCCGCACCCGGGAGUUUGUGGAAGGCUUUGUGGAUGACUUGCUGGAAGCCCUGAGAAGCCUCUGCAACCGGGACACAGACAUGGAGGUGGAGGACUUCAUCGGUGUGGACAGCAUGUAUGAGAACUGGCAGGUGGACAGGCCGCUGGUGUGUGACCUCUUUGUGCCCUUCACACCCCCUGAGCCUUACCGCUUCCAUCCAGAGCUCUGGUGUUCCGGCCGCUCGCUGCCCCUGGAUUGCCAGGGCUAUGGCCAGAUCAAGGUGGUCCGGGCUGAUGACGACAUGCUGGGCUGUAUCUGCGGCAAGACCAAGCUUGGGGAAGACAUGCUGUGUCUCCUCCAUGGCAAGAACAACAUGGUGCGGCCUGGCGGCGAGAUGGAGGACCUGCUGUGUGCCAGAGAGUCCCCGUACCUGGACACCAUGCAGGUCAUGAAAUGGUUCCAGACGGCUCUCACACGAGCCUGGCACCGCAUUGCCCACAAGUACGAGUUUGGCCUGGCCUUUGGUCAGUUGGACACCCCAGGGUCCCUGAAGAUCAAGUUCCGCUCAGGGAAGUUCAUGCCCUUCAACCUGAUUCCUGUGAUCCAGUGUGAAGACUCAGACCUAUACUUUGUCUCCCACCUUCCCAGGGGACCCCCUCAGUGGACCCCAGUGUCCAACACUGACUGGCUCCUGUCCUUUGCUGUCUACGAGCGACACUUCCUCAGGGUGACAUCCAAGGCACUGCCCGAGGGUGCCUGCCACCUCAGCUGCUUGCAGAUCGCCUCCUUCCUGCUAUCCAAGCAGACUCGCCUGACCGGCCCCAGUGGGCUCAGCAACUACCACCUGAAGACAGCCCUGCUGCACCUCCUGCUUGCCCGGCAGGCCACCGACUGGAAGGCCACACAGCUCGACGCUCGUCUGCAAGAGUUACUUCGCUUCCUCGAGAAGAGCCUGCUAGAGAAGAAGCUCUAUCACUUCUUCAUUGGCAACCACAAGGUGCCCGAGACCAUGGGACUCCCCGGGGCCAUCCGCAGGGCUGAGCCUCUCAACCUCUUCCGUCCCUUUGUCCUGCAGCGAAGUCUGUACCGUAAGACGGCAGACACCUUCUAUGAGAUGCUCAAGAAUGUCCCAGCACUCAUUAGCGAAUAUUCCCUACAUAUCCCUUCAGACUACCAGCCUACCCCAAAAAGCUGUCAUCUUUUGAGCAUCUGGGACCCAGAGGAUCGAGCCAGAGUGCACCCCACCACGUCUGUGUCUCCGGGGGCAUCUGCAAGCCUGUCCUGGGAAAAUGGCGGGCUUUUGGGGAUCUAUGGCUCAUCCUGCUAG